AUGAUGAAUGCAUCAGCUGUGACCGAAUUUAUCCUCGUGGGGAUUCCAUUUCUCUACGAUCUACACAGGGUUUUCUUUGCCUUGGGUUUAUUCAUGUACAUCACAGCCAUUUUGGGGAAUGGAUUUAUCCUCGUCAUUGUGGCCAUUGAGCCAAGACUUCAGACUCCCAUGUACUUCUUCCUGAGCAACCUGGCUUUUUUGGAGAUCUGCUACACCACAACUGUGGUACCAAAGCUACUACAAACGCUUAUAGAAACGCGGACCACAAUUUGUUUCCAUUGCUGCAUGGCCCAGAACUUCUUCCACUUCACAUUUGGAGGUACGGAGCUUUUAAUCCUGACUGUGAUGUCCUUUGACCGCUAUUUGGCCAUAUGCAAGCCGCUCCAGUACCCAAUGGUUAUGACCAAGAAUGUUUGCAUUCAGUUGUCUUUGGCCACUUGGUACUCAUCCUUCAUCGUCAUGUUUUUUCAGUGUCUCCUUGUAUGGAGGAUGCCUUUCUGUGAUUCCAAUGUUGUUGACCAUUUCUUCUGUGAUGCUGCUCCCAUGUUCAGCCUUGCGUGUACUGAUACUCACCUCAGUGAGCUUCUGGGAUUGCUCAGUGCUGUCUUACUGGUUAUUUUGACCUUGAUCUUCACCAUAGUCUCAUAUGUUUGUAUCAUCUCCACCAUAAUGUGCAUUCCUUCAGCUGUCGGGCGCAAGAAGGCCUUCUCCACCUGUACAUCUCACCUGAUUGUGGUGUCUAUAUUGUAUGGAGCACUGAUGGUCAUGUAUGUGAGGCCCACUCUGCAUUCCUCAUCUCAUUUGACCAGGGUACUAGCGGUGCUGAACACUUCCCUUAUUCCAAUGUUGAACCCUUUCAUUUACACAAUAAGGAACACAGAGGUAAAGGCUGCUGUCAGGAAUGCAAUCCAUAAAAAGAGACAGUCGUUGAAUGAAGAUUUUUUAAGUGUGUUGAAAAAAGUCAGCAAAUAA